GUUUUGUGUUAUUGGUAUUACUUGUCGUUAUCGGCGCGUUUUGCUUUCAAAAACAGACCGAUUUUAUUACUCUAAAUUUGUUUAUAAUCCCUAAAUAUUUAUGUAAAUGGGAGUUAAAGAACUGUGGUCGGUUUUAACACCACACGGUCAACGGAAGCCAAUAUGUGAAUUGCGUGGGAAAAAGGUAGCAAUUGAUCUCGCUGGAUGGGUUUGCGAAAGUCUUAAUGUGGUUGAUUAUUUUGUUCAUCCGCGGCACCACUUAAAAAAUCUAUUCUUUCGCACCUGCUAUCUCAUAUGGGAGCAGGUGACACCAGUAUUUGUGCUGGAAGGCGCUGCACCAGAACUGAAAAACAAAGUGAUAGCCAAACGCAAUGAGCUGCAAUUUCGAGGAGUGCGUCCCAAUCAAAAGAAUACACAGCCAUCACAGCCAACUGGUCAAAGCCAAGGCCAAGGGAAAGCCAAAGGAAAAGGCGACGGUGGUCGCAGCCGGUUCAAUCAUGUUCUCAAACAAUGCGAGAAUUUGUUGCUGUCAAUGGGCGUUCAAUGUGUCCAAGGUCCAGGCGAGGCCGAAGCCUAUUGUGCUUUCCUUAACAAACAUGGCUUGGUAGAUGGUGUUAUAAGUCAAGAUUCAGACUGCUUUGCGUAUGGAGCUAUUCGUGUUUACCGCAAUUUUUCGGUGUCCACGCAGGGAACACAUGCCGCUGCUGGCGGCGCUGUGGACAUCUAUGAUAUGAGGGACAUUUGUACGCAUAUGGAUUUUGGGCAGCAUAAGGUCAUCGUAAUGGCAUUGCUGUGCGGCUGUGAUUAUUGUCCCGAUGGCAUUGGUGGUAUUGGCAAAGAUGGCGUUCUAAAGCUCUUUAAGAAGUACAAGGAAACCGAAAUACUUAAGCGCUUACGAAGUUGGCGUUCGGAACAGGAUUCGUAUCAUGCGCUAGAGCUGCGAGUUGAUGAUAAAACAAUUUGCAGCAAUUGUGGUCACAUUGGACGUACACAAAGCCACACAAAGAGCGGCUGCAGUGUCUGUAGAACUCAUCAAGGAUGCGACGAGAGCCUUUGGAAAGAGCAACGUCUGUCCAUAAAAGCGGAGUUAAUGCUCCGCAAGAAGGCGCUUACUGAUGUCAGCUUUCCAAACGAAGAGAUAAUAUCCGAGUUUCUAAGUGAGCCAGCGAAAAUACCAAAUUUAAAUUUGGACUGGCAGCAACCAAAUCUCGUCAAAUUUGUGAAACAAAUCGGACAUCUUCUGCAAUGGCCCGAAAUAUAUUGCGUUCAAAAGUUUUUCCCGAUUUUAACGCGUUGGCAGGUGCAGCAGCAGACAAUGCAUAAGACAUGUUUUCUCCAACCGAAGGAGAUAAUCAAGAAACGCGUUGUGAAGGGAGUGCCCAGCUUGGAGGUAGCUUGGGACGAUACUCGCAAUUGCCUUGUUGGUCUAAUACCCCAGGAACAAAUUGAUGAAUUUAGCCUGGAACAUCCAAAAGGCAUUGAGGAAUUGUACUAUACUAUCGAGCCGCUUGAAAUGCUGCAGGAAGCGUUUCCCGAUCUUGUAGCGGCGUUUUUAAAAUCAAAGGAGAAGCCACCUAAGCCUGCUAAGAAAGCAGGUCGCAAAAAAACCGAGAAAGCUGACUUGGAUUCAGAAAAUCCAAACAAUGUUUUAAAACCAAAAAAUCGUGCUCCUAAACAGCGACAAAACACAAUCGAUAAAUUUCUUAAGAAAAACGAAGCACCAGCUAAAGAGCCUCCUAAUGAGUUUCCCGGUCCGAAGGUGAAACAAUGUUCAACGCCAAUUAGCAAAUGUUUGCCCUCCGAUUUAGAGAGUGACGGGGAAUUCGACAUGUCGGAUAUCAUUAACGGCAUUAUUUCAAAUCCUAAUACAUUGCCGACUGUUACCAAUCAUGCGGGACAUUUAUUGCACUAUAAACCUUUGGAUGAUGAUUUAAGCUUGAGAUUGGCACAGCUAAGUUUACAUAAUGAUGAGAAUUUAAGCGAGCCACCAAAAGAUAUUAGCUUUAAACUUGAAAAACGCCAAAAUAGCUCAGUGGUCAAACCCAUAAGUAAACGCCUGUCGUUGGACGAUAGUUUUGAUCGUUUGGUAAAGGGAGAGAAGAAUCCAAACUUGGCCAAAACUCCUUUGGAGCGUUUCAAGCAGCAGCAUCGUCUGAGUAUCUCAAAAGUUAAUCCAUUAACUCCAGAGCCAACAACACACAAUGUCAGCUACUUUUUCAAUCAAAGCGCCGACGAAGGCGAUGUUUUCGAGCAAAUAAUGGAGAUGAGCAUGGUGGACAUGCAACAGGAAGAAGAUUUAGUUGUUAUUAGCGACAGUGAUUAA